GGCUGAAGCACAUAAAAGGGGAGUCAUAACAACAGUGAGCAGAACUCCUUUGGCUUUGAAGCUACGUUAAGACAAGUGAGAAAAGAAGGAAAACCAUGAGUACUGUUUCCAGGAAUUCCUUGAAGAGAUCCCUCCUAGAGCUAGAAUGUCAUUUUACAUGGACUUUGCUGAAGCAGGAUGCGGAUCUAGAUAGCCUAGAGAAAAGAAUAGAAAAUCGGACUGAGUUUUUCACAAAAAACAAUGUCUCAAAUUAUAAUCUACUAGCCUAUGUAUGCCACCUGAAGAAUUCAAAUGAGGAAGCCCUAAGAAAUCUCCAGAAAGCUGAAGAAGAAAUUAAAAAAAAUCAUCCAGAUGAAAUUCCCAGGAGAAGUCUUGUUACCUGGGGGAACUAUGCUUGGAUCUACUACCACAUGGAGAAUUAUGAAGAAGCUCAUACCUAUGCAAGCAAAGUGGGAAACAGCUGCAAAAAGCUUUCAAGUACUGCUGAAUGGAAGAGUGAGUUUCCAGAAAUCUGUGCUGAGAAAGGAUGGGCAUUGUUAGCAUUUGGGAGAAAAUACUAUGAAAGAGCAAAAAAUUCCUUUGAAAAUGCUCUGAAGAAUGAUCUCAACAACCCAGAAUUUAAUGCUGGGUAUGCAAUAGCAAUGUAUCGCCUGGAGGAACUUUCUUAUAGAGAAAAUAAUGAUGUAAGCCUAUCCCUCAACCCCCUGAAGCGUGCAGUGGAGCUGAAUCCAACAGAUACAUCCAUUAUAGCAUUACUUGCAUUAAAACUUCAGACCUUAAAUAGAGCUGUUGAAGGGGAGAGAUACAUUGAAGAAGCAAUGCAGAAAACCCCAGAUCUUCCUUAUUUGCUGAGAUACGCAGCUAAAUUUUACAGAAGGAAAGGAGAAAUGGACAAGGCACUGGAGAUUUUGAAAAAGGCCCUAGCAGUGACACCAGAAUCUGCCUUUUUGCAUCACCAGCUAGGACUCUGCUACAGAGGAAAACUGUUGCAAUUGAAAAGAGCUACAAGAUAUCCACCUGAAGAACAAGUGAAAGAACUCAUCAGACUUGCGACUUUUCAUUUUAAAACAGCGACUGUUGAAAAGAAAGAAUUUUUUGCUGCCUUUAUGGAUCUAGCAAAUAUGUAUACUGAAGAAAAGAGGUAUGAAGAAGCAGAAGAGACAUUUCAGAAGGCAAUUCAGAUACAUAUUCUAUUUGAUGAUGAUAAACAAGAAUUCUGCUACCACUAUGGCAAUUUUCAGCGUUUCCAUAGAAAAUCGGAAUCUGAAGCCAUUAGGUAUUACCUAAAAGGACUGAAAAUUGAAAAUGAUUCUUAUGCAAGAAAGAGGUGUGGAUACGGGCUGAAGAAAUUGUUGGAACAGAGAAUUAAGAGAUGUUCAGAAGAUGCAACAGAUUUUGGUACACUUGGAUUCAUUCAUAAUCUAUAUGGUGAAAAACAUGAAGCAAUUGAGUGCUAUGAGAAAGCCCUUGAAUUGUGUCCAGACAGUGAAGACUAUCUGAGUGCAUUAUGUGAACUACGACUUUCCAUCUCAAGCUGAAGCUCCAAAAAAUCCUUCCCAUAGAACAAAAACCAAAAAAUCAAAUAAAACAAAACAAAAAACCCCUCACCAACCCCAAAUCCAAGGAUAUUGCCACUCAUGUUUGUUGUUUUUUCUUUUUAAGAUUGUAGUUAUAAUCAGGUGAAACAUCUGAUGGCAUCACUUCUGUUUAUAAUGUAGAAAUUGCAGGUGAUGAUUGUUAAUUUAUUUACCAAUGGAGAGCAUGCUUAGAAAUACCAAAUAAUAGCUAAGCUAUCUUAGUCUUCAGUGCUAAUGCUAGAAUAAAAUUUGUGUUUAAGUGAUGAUUUGUAGAACACAGAACUUAUACUCUGGAACUUUCUACUAAGAAAAAGGGAAUCAUACUGUAUCAUUUAAUCCACCCACUUGAAAAGCAUGCUUACACACACAAGUGGAAUUUCUGAUACUUUUUCAAGUAUUUUUAAAUGUUUCUGUGUGUGUGUUAUUUAAACUAAGCUUUUGUUGAAGAGUUGUUUAGUUUGCUACUUGUGUGUUAUUUAACUAGGAAAAAUAACCACUUCUUGGAAAGCUUACAAAAUGUGUAUUAUUAUUAUUAUUAUUAUUAUGCACUAUUAAAGAGCAUUGCAUUCAUCAA